AUGUUCCGCAUUACCCCGAUGGCCAGCACGCUCACGCGCGCGUUCACGACCGCCUCUGCGGCGCUUGCCCCCGAGGCAGUUGGCGUUGUCAAGUGGUUCAACUCCACCAAGGGCUUUGGCUUUAUCGAGGUCGAGGGCGCCAACGACGUCUUUGUCCACUACUCGGCCAUCAAGGGCGACAACGACGGCUUCCGCACCCUCAUCGAGGGCCAGGAGGUCGAGUUCGACAUCUCCCCGACUGAGCGUGGCCCGCAGGCCCAGAACGUGACGGUCGUCCACGCGGACUGGUAA